GACUUCCGGCUUCCUACUUGUACAGUAGCAAAAUAUUAUCCACCGAGAGACGUUCUUUUUACGGCUUUUUGACUUUUUGUGUAACCUACGCUUUAUUUAGAUAGUCUCGUUGUGGUCAAUAGGACCGUGUCUCUUUUCAUCCUAACUUAUAUUUUGAGUUCCAUUUGAUAUUUUAUUUGUUAUCUUAUUCGAUAUUCUGUCAUUACCUCUCCUGUACACCUGUGCUGCGCUUCCGGGGCGCUUUCCUAUUUCAUUCAUAGUGCAAUAUAUCGGGGGUAAGUCCUAAAUGAAAACUCGACUUUUUGGAUCUUUUUUUGAAAAUAUUUAGCCUUUUACGUGAUAUACUGUUUGAAGAGACGUUUUUAUGGUGGAGUAGCUGGCUUUCGUGUCAAAAUCGAGUGAUGAUAAAUUCACGGACAUCAUGUAAUAUAUGUGAAUAUCGCGGAUUUAUUGGUGGAUCUUAAAACAGACGUAUUGCUGAAACUCACAACUCAAAAUGAGGAUGAUAACCUUUUUAGUGGUGGGACUGACAGUCCAUGUAGUGUUCUUCCUUUCCAUCUUUGAUAUCUACUUCACCUCCCCUUUGGUCCAUGGCAUGACACCCAAGGCCACACCCCUAACUCCACCUGCCUCCAGACUGGUGCUAAUCGUUGCUGAUGGCCUGAGAGCAGACAGCCUCUUCACCUUGCUUCCUAAUGGCUCAUCCAUGGCGCCCUACUUGAGGAGUGUCAUUGAGGAGAUGGGUACCUGGGGUGUCUCCCACACACGUGUUCCCACUGAGUCUCGCCCAGGUCAUGUUGCUGUUAUUGCUGGCUUCUACGAGGAUGUUAGUGCUGUUGCUAAAGGUUGGAAGGAGAAUCCUGUGGAGUUUGACUCUGUGUUUAAUGAGAGCAGAAAUACUUGGUGCUGGGGAAGCCCUGAUAUUCUGCCUAUGUUUGCUAAAGGUGCAAGUGGAGACCACGUCUACACACAUACUUAUCCAGCAACAGAAGAGGACUUUGCCUCCACAGACGCUUCAAUGCUAGACACCUGGGUCUUUACGCAAGUAAAAUCGUUUUUACAAUCAGCAAAGUCAAACUCCACUUUGAUGGCUGACCUCCUUAAGGAUAAGAAUGUUUUCUUUCUGCAUCUAUUGGGUCUGGACACAAAUGGACACGCUCACAGACCAAUGUCACAGGAGUACAUCAACAAUAUUGGCCUAGUGGACACUGGUGUAUCUGAACUGGUGUCUAUAAUUGGAGACUUCUUCAAUAAUGACUGCAGAACAGCCUUUGUUUUCACUUCCGAUCACGGCAUGACCAAUUGGGGUUCUCAUGGUGCUGGCCACCCCUCAGAGACACUCACACCUUUUGUUGCGUGGGGAGCUGGAAUACAAAGACCCCAAAAAGUGACAGAAGAUCAGUUUUUCCCAGACAACUACUUGCAAGACUGGAAACUGGAGCACCUCAGAAGAGUUGAUCUCAGCCAGGCUGACAUUGCACCUCUGAUGUCCUCUCUAAUUGGCGUUCCUAUUCCUGUCAACUCUGUUGGAAUAUUACCUCUUCUUUACCUGAACAACAGUGAUCAGUUCAAGGCAGAGGCUAUGUACACUAAUGCUAUUCAAAUAUUGGAUCAGUUUAAGAUGAAAAUGAGGCAGAAAAAAGAAACAACACUAUCGUGUCUCUUUACCCCAUACAAACAGCUGACAGAGCCUAAGCAAGCAGAGUUCGUUAAGAAAGCAAGAACGCUAAUUCAAAUGGAGAAGUAUGAAGAUGCGAUCUCGCUCUGCCAGGCUCUGAUAUCCUCUGCCCUUGAAGGCUUAGUUUACUACCACACCUAUGACAGGUUUUUCUUGGGUUGCAGCGUGGUGCUUGGAUUCCUAGGCUGGACCUCAUAUGUUGUCCUCGUUAUUUUGAAGACUCAUACGAGCCUUAACACGCAAACAGACAUCCUUCAACGGAAAUUUGAUCACACACUAGUGAGGCUGUGUUGGUGUGUUGCAGUGGUAAUAUGUAUGUUCCUGUUCAUCCAGAGGAGUCCGCUCACAUAUUAUGUUUACUGCCUGCUGCCUGUUCCCAUAUGGUACUCGGUUCUUAAAGAGUCCAACAUUGUAACAGACUUGAUUCACUCAGCUCCUUGCCUGCCGUUAUGGAAAUGCUUUGGUUACUUUGUGCUGGUAGCAUUUGGAGUUGAACUACUGGUGGUGAGUUUUUUUUAUCGAGCCAUGCUGACGGUGGUUCUGGCUGUCCUUUCGAUCUGGCCGAUGUUGUCAGGUCUUUUUGAAAAAGCUAAGUGCCAUUCGGUGAGCUGGUUUUUAGGCUGCCUCUUUUUGGCUGUUUUCCCCCUGAUGCCUGUUGUGGGUAGAGAGCCCAACUUAAAUCUGGUCAUGUGUGCAGGUGUGCUCACCCUCUUUAUAUCAGCCUGUUUCCUCUGGUAUUCAUGGAACAGGACAUCACUGCACCAUAGUGAUAAAAAGCAGUUCGUCAUGCAGCUGCUGCAUGUGGCCAUUUGUGCAUGCGUGCCUUUCCUCACCCACUCCAGCCUGCAGCAGAAACGGGGUCUGCCUCUUCACAAUCAGAUCAUUAGUUGGGUCACAUUAGCAUCUUCCAUAUUUGUUCCGUUGAUGAGCUCGACACGCCUGUUUCAUCGCCUGCUCAGCAUAUUCCUCUCACUGACGGCCACGUACUUUCUGCUUAGUACAGGGACUGAGGCUUUGUUCCCUCCCGUGUUAUCUUGGUUGAUGUUUGUUUGGAUCAACAUUGAGCAAGAAGCUAUGAUCGCGCAGGGCAUCUCUGGAAGGCAACAGCUCUCCGCUAUUGAUUUCUCCGCCAACAUUGACAUCUCUAAGAUUCGUCAGCUCAAGUUGGACGACAUCCGACGAUCGUAUUUCUUUUUUUUUUUCAUUAUAACAGCUUUUUUUGGCACAGGAAAUAUCGCCUCCAUUAACAGUUUUGAUCCGGCAUCCGUGUAUUGUUUCCUCACAGUCUUCAACCCGUUCAUCAUGGGAGGGUUAAUGAUGUGGAAGAUCAUUAUUCCAUUCAUUGUUGUCAUGUGCACUUUUGAGACCAUCCAAGUGACAACGCAGCUCUCAUCAAGAAGCUUGUUUCUGAUCGUCUUGGUCAUCUCUGACGUGAUGGCUCUGCACUUUUUCUUCCUAGUGCAGGACUAUGGCACGUGGUUGGACAUUGGCACGAGCAUCAGCCACUAUGUGAUCGUGAUGUCAAUGACCAUCUUCCUGAUGUUGCUCAGUGUUGUCACGCACAUCCUCACCUCACAAAGACUCGUUCUGUGGCGAAGACGCAAGAUGCACUUUACAUGAAUGAAAAGUAGCGAUGGGCCUUCCAAAUAAUGUAUCGAGAUGAUCUAUUCCAGGUCGUGUCGGAUUUUAUCGGAUCAAUACUAGCCUGGUGAAACUGAGUCUUUUAAGUGUCUUUUUUAACUGCUCUGCUGCGGUUUCAGCAAAGAGGAUGUUUAGAUGCUGAGCCGUCACCUGACUGAGACUAAUUUGAUACUUUACUUGAAAAAAACUUUUGUUCUGCACACACUAACUAAAGGUUUUGGGGUUGUAUAAGUUGUUUACAUAUUUAUAUUUUCACCAGUUGUUCUUUUUUUAUGGUUGUGAAAAUUUUGUGUUUGUAUUAUAGUGUUUUCAUUCAACUCAAGGUUUUUCUGGGGGGGAAAAGAAUAAAGCAUUUUCUAUUCAAUUUAAAAACUGUCCUAAUUCUUUUCUGGUAUUUACUAUUUAAUAAUAAAGGGAAACAAACAAAAA